AUGGGAGGUUCAUCAUCGUCAGAUAAAGGUGCAGCAGUAUCAUCACAUUUCAGGUAUGAUGUUUUUCUGAGCUUUAGAGGCUACACAAGACUCAGAUUCACAGACACACUCUAUCAUGCUUUGAUCAACAAAAGAAUCGACACCUUCAGAGAUAGCGAGGAGCUACGAAUAGGGGAGGAGCUCGAAGGUUCUCUUCUUGAAGCCAUUGAAAGAUCAAGGAUGUCAAUUCUGAUACUUUGUGAUAAGUAUCCAACUUCGCGGUGGUGCCUUGAUGAACUGGUCAAGAUCAUGGAGUGUUCGGAAAAUGGAAGAAAGCGACUGGUGUUACCAAUCUAUUUCAAUGUGGCAAAAUCAGAUGUGCAGUACCAGCUCAAUGAAUAUGCAAAAGCCAUGGCUGCUCAUGAAGAAAAAGGCAGAUACAAUCACAAGUUAGAAGCAUGGAGGUCAGCUUUGUCUGAAGUAGGCAAGAUUUAUGGUCAACGCUGUGAUCACAAUACGUGA